AUGGUGCGGACGUCAUUCGUCGAGAUCCAAUCAGAUUCUCAUUUCCCUAUUCAGAACCUUCCGUACGGUUUGUUCAAGCCCGAACCCGAUUCGGAGCCCAGGCAUGGUGUCGCAGUUGGAAAAUAUGUAUUGGACCUCUCUGUAAUAGCCUCCGCCGGUCUUUUCGAUGGUCCGGUUCUUAAAAACUCCGAUUGUUUCAACAAGCUUAAUCUUAACAAGUUUGUGGGAUUGGGACGACCUGCAUGGAAGGAAGCUCGUGCAACAUUGCAAAAGCUAUUGUCAGCCACAGAACCUACACUACGUGAUAACCCGAGUUUAAGGCAGAAAGUGCUCGUGCCUAUGGUCAAGGUCCAAAUGCUUCUUCCUGUUAUGAUAGGCGAUUAUACAGAUUUCUCUGCUUCGAUGCAUCAUGCAAAGAACUGUGGUCCCCUGCCAGAAAUCCUUAGAUGGUUUCAUAUCAUGAUUUCUGCUACUUCUGUGUCUCCAGAGGACAAGGCCACCCAACUGGAAAUUCUCCACCCUAUUUUGGACCUUCUCGCUGCUGUGGUUGGCCCUGGGAAUGAAUUGGGGAAGCCUGUAGAUGUUAAUGAGGCUGCAGAUCAUAUAUUGGGACUUGUUUUUAUGAAUGACUGGAGUGCAAGAGAUAUUCAGGCAUGGGAAUAUGUGCCUCUUGGUCCUUUUCUUGGCAAGAUUUUUGAUGCUCUCGAACCAUUUGUUUCUGAUUCUCCAAAGAAGAAUCCUCCACCCUUUCCUUAUCUUGCUGAAAAGAUAUCCAAAAACUACUACAUCUCCUUGCAGGUAUCUGUUAAACCUGCCGGCGAAGAAAAUACGUGCAUCGUCACAAGAAGCAACUUCAAGCACUUAUAUUGGACUAUCACUCAGCAACUCGCACACCAUACCAUCAAUUGUUGCAACUUAAGGCCUGGUGACCUCCUUGGGACUGGGGCCAUCAGUGGACCUGAACCAGAAUCCUAUGGAUGCUUGCUUGCUAGAGUUAACCUGGAAUGGACAAAAACCUUUACCUUUAGGUGGAUCAACUCGGUACAUUUCUGGAAGAUGGAGACGAAGUUACUUUUACUGGCUGUUGCAAGGGGGAUGGUUACCUUGUUGGCUUGGAACCUUCUCGGGAAAGAUUCUCCCAUCGCCAUCUUGAAAACCCAUUGUUGCUGGUUUGGAUGA